CGUGGAGUCCGAGUCACCGCAAACUUGGCAGGAGACGAAGCCCUCGCUGUUUACCGAGGCGCGUGUCACACCGGCAUACAAAGCUGCCUCGCGCUGCAUCUCCUUUUAAUCCCGUCACGGACAUCAGCGUGCGCCUCGCGAGACCCGGUGUUACGGCGCUAGUGAACUAGUCCACUCUUUUAUACUUUCGCGUUUCGUAGCGGGCACAUUGUAUUUUUUUUAAACAUCUGUAUGGUCUGAAACAAAGACGUACUGUGGGCUAUCUCUGCGAAGAGAGAGACUGGCUUCAUUGGUUACCAGAGUUCAGUGAGAUGCGUGAACUUUUCACGCGGUUGUGUGUCACUUAUGGUUCAGCUCGGCGACUCCUAUGAAGACCUCAGACAUUAAUAAUUAUAAGGACAAUGGAUAACUUUUUCACAGAGGGUUGUCGUGUUUGGCUCUGGGUGGACGAUCAUUAUGUACCCAGCACUGUGGAUUCAUGUUCUGGUGGUGUGGUGGUGUUUAACACAGACUAUGGACAGGUGUACACCUAUAAACAGAACGCCGUCAGCAGGCAGAGGGUUUAUCCCAUGCACAGCAGCAGUAUUUCUGGGGUAGAGGACAUGGCAACCCUGCAGGACCUGCACGAUGGGGCCAUUCUACACAACCUGCAGCUCCGUUACACACAGAAGAGUAUUUAUACAUAUAUUGGCUCUAUUUUAGCAGCAGUGAACCCAUAUCAGUGUCUGGCCGAUCUGUACGAUGACACAGCCGUUGGGCGAUACAGCCGACAUCACCUUGGGGAGAUUUCACCCCACAUCUACGCCAUAGCCAAUGAGUGCUACAGAUCGCUGUGGAAGCGUUCGAACAACCAGUGUGUGCUCAUCAGUGGGGAAAGUGGAGCGGGUAAAACGGAGAGCACAAAGAUGAUCCUGCGCUUUCUCUCUGCAAUGAGUCAGCAGAGCGUGGAGCUCUCAACCAAAAAGACUGCAUCAUCUUAUGUAGAAAAGGCCAUUCUGGAGAGCAGUCCUAUCAUGGAGGCUUUUGGGAAUGCUAAAACGGUUCAUAAUAACAAUUCUAGUCGCUUUGGGAAAUUCAUCCAGCUUCAUUUCAGCCAGCAAGGAAACAUCCAGGGGGGAAAAAUCACAGAUUACCUUUUAGAAAAGAAUCGAGUUGUCCGUCAGAAUCCCGGUGAAAGAAAUUUUCACAUAUUUUACGCUCUGUUGGCUGGAACCAGCGCUGAGCAGAAGGAGGCGUUUUCUCUCUCACCUCCUGAGAACUUUCAUUAUCUGGCUCAGUCAGGAUGUAUGAAGGACAAAGCCAUCGAUGACUCUGAGACUUUUCAGGAAGUGCUGAACGCUCUGAGAACGAUGCAGUUUGGGGAAGAAAACAUCAAGGAGGUGUUGAAGCUCUUGUCAGGAAUUUUGCAUGUGGGGAACAUUGAGUUUUUAACUGCGGGUGGAGCUCAGGUUUGCUCUAAAACAGCUCUCAGUAAAUCUGCAGAUCUCUUGGGUUUGGAUUGUGCCCAGUUUGCUGAAGUUUUGACUCACAAAUCCAUGAUCCUCAGAGGAGAAGAGAUCAGCACACCUCUUACUGUCGAGCAGGCGGUGGACUCCAGGGACUCUAUGGCGAUGGCUCUCUAUUCUCAGUGUUUCGCUUGGAUCAUUCGUAAAUUAAACAGCCGUAUCAAUGGUAUUGAAGACUUCAGAUCCAUCGGCAUCCUUGACAUAUUCGGCUUUGAAAACUUUGAGGUGAACCGGUUUGAGCAGUUCAACAUCAACUAUGCAAAUGAAAAACUGCAGGAGUAUUUCAAUAAGCACAUUUUCUCCCUGGAACAACUUGAGUACAACAAAGAAGGACUGGUCUGGGAUGAUGUCAACUGGAUGGACAACGGAGAGUGCCUUGAUCUUAUAGAAAAGAAGUUGGGUCUGCUGGCUCUCAUAAAUGAGGAAAGUCAUUUUCCUAAAGGCACAGAUGAAACACUGCUGGAAAAACUCCAUAGUCAGCAUUCUAGGAAUCAGUUUUAUGUUAAACCCCGUGUUGCAGUUCAUCAGUUUGGCAUCAAGCACUAUGCAGGAGAGGUUGUAUAUGACGUACGAGGGAUCCUAGAGAAGAACAGAGACACGUUCAGAGAUGAUAUUCUCAACUUACUCAGGGAAAGCAGGUUGGAUUUUGUGUAUGAACUCUUUGAGAGAGUCAACACGUGGACGGGGCAGGACACAGUCAAGUGUGGAUCAAAGUAUCGCCGACCUACUGUUAGCUCCCAGUUUAAGAAUUCAUUGCACUCCCUAAUGUCCAACCUGAGUACAUCCAAUCCAUUCUUUGUGCGCUGCAUUAAACCCAACAACAACAAGAUGCCCGAUCAGUUUGAGCAUUCUGUAGUUCUCAAUCAGCUGAGAUAUUCUGGGAUGUUGGAGACCGUUAAAAUCAGACGUUCCGGUUUUCCGGUUCGUAGAACUUUCAAGGAUUUCUGCUCCAGGUAUUACGUGUUGAUGAGGGGCGUGGCUUUGUCAGAUGACCUCAGGGGGCGGUGCCAGCUCUUGCUGCAGCUCUAUGACAACAGCGGGGUUGAAUGGCAGCUGGGAAAAACCAAAGCAUUUUUAAAAGAAAGUUUGGAGCUUCGGUUGGAGAAGCAGAGAGAAAAAGAAGUGCUCAAAGCGGCAUCUAUUAUCCAAGCGCACAUACUGGGCUACAGAGCACGGACACAGUACAGGCGUCUACUGCAGUGCAUUGUGGUCGUUCAGAAAAACUACCGUGCAAUGUUUUGGCGCCGGCGUUUCCUUAUGAUGCGAUGGGCCACUAUUACCCUACAGAAGAGGCUCAGAGGUCAAAGGGCACGGCGACUUUACGCGCUCCUCCUGGAGGAGAAGAGAAGGAGAGAAGAAGAAGAACAGAAGAGACGAAAAGCAGAACAGGAGGCACUAGAGAGAGAGAGACAGCGGUUGGAGCUGGAGAUCCAAGCACGAGAAGAGGAGGCACGAAGAUUAGAGGAGGAGAUUCGCAUAAAGAGUUUAUCUCCCGAUCCAAUACCACCAGACGUUAUCACACCAGAAGACGUCCCACCUGAGUGUGGCUCUAUAGCAGAGAAUUCAUUGGUGGAGGAGGUGCUUGACGCUGUGUUUGAGAACGAGACGAACCAGGCAACCCAGGUGGAGGAGAUCUUACGUCUAGAACGAGAAAUUGAAGGUCUCCGGCGACAAAAAGAGGCUCAGGAGCAGAGCCUGAAUGCGCAGUCGCUGCAGCGUCUGCAGUGGCUGCGCGAUCAGGAGCUGCGCAGACUGGAGGAAGAGGCCUGCAAGGCCGCGCAGCAGUUCCUCACCUCGCUGAACUUCGAUGAGAUCGAUGAGUGUGUCCGCAACAUUGAGAGCUCGCUGGUGGGGCCUGAUGGCUCACCACAGGGAGGAAGCAGAGGUGAGGAAGAGGAAGAGGUGGAUGAAGGGCUUGGCGUGGAAGAAGAUGGAUUUAAAGACUCUCCGAACCCCAGCGAGCACGGGCACUCGGAUGGCCAGCGCACUAGCGGUAUCCGCACCAGCGACGAUUCGUCAGAGGAGGAUCCUUACGCCAACGAUCGCAUGCCCCCACCUCCUCCCCCGCUCAACAUAGCCUUUUACGGUCCGCCUUCUUGUGGCACCGGCUAUUCUCACAUGGUACAGGAAGAGGAGACGGAGCUAAUCCCACCUGAUGAAGACUCUGAUUAUGAUGCAGAUGAUUAUGAUGGUGAAGGUGGGCUUAUCAUGCGACCUCCCAGUCUUCCUCCUCACAACGACCCCUGGUCACGUGACCAACGCAGCUCCUUUGCAACCAGCACCAGUGUUAGUUCAGGGGCGUAUCGCUUUAGCUCAGAAGGGCAACAAUCCUCAUUUGAAGACAGUGAAGAUGAUUUCGAUCGGUUUGACACCGAUGAUGAAUCUUACCGGCGUGAUUCUGUCUAUAGCUGUGUUACUCUCCCCUACUUCCACAGUUUCCUUUAUAUUAAAGGUGGCCUGUUGAACUCCUGGAAACGUCGCUGGUGUGUGUUAAAGGAUGAAACCUUUCUGUGGUUCAGGAGCAGACAGGAGGCUCUCAAACAGGGCUGGUUGAUGAAGAAGGGCGGGGGCUCGUCCACGCUCUCACGACGCAACUGGAGACGCCGCUGGUUCGUCCUGCGACAGAGCAAACUCAUUUAUUAUGAGAAUGACACAGAGGAGAGGAUGAAAGGCAUGCUGGACAUGCACGAAGCCAAAGAGAUUAUUGAUGUAACAGGGAAGGAAAACGGCCUAGACAUCGUAAUGCCGUCGAGAACAUACCACCUCAUCGCAGAAACAGCAGAGGAUGCCAGUCAUUGGUUCAGCGUGUUGAGUCAAGUGCACACGUCUACAGAACAGGAAAUACGAGAGAUGCACGACGAACAAGCAAAUCCUCAAAAUGCUGUCGGCACGUUGGACGUGGGGAUGAUUGACUCUGUAUGUGCAUCUGAUAACCCAGAAAGGCCAAACUCAUUUGUGAUAAUCACAGCACAUCGGGUGUUACAGUGCAUGGCUGAAUCAGCGGAGGAAAUGCAUCACUGGAUCACGCUGCUCCAGCGUACUAAAGGAGACACACGUGUACAGGGUCAAGAGUUCAUUGUCAGGGGUUGGCUAUAUAAAGAGAUUCGUGGCAGCAGUCGUGGGAAUCUUAAACUGAAGAAGCGUUGGUUUGUGCUGACUCAUAAUUCUGUGGAUUAUUAUAAAAGCUCGGAGAGAAACGCCCUGAAAUUGGGCUCUCUGGUGCUUAAUAGCCUCUGUUCUGUGAUCGUCCCUGACGAGAGCGUCUUCAAAGAGACCGGCUACUGGAAUGUGAGCGUCUUUGGCCGCAAACAUUCAUACAGGUUGUACUCGAAGCUGCAGACAGAGGCUAGUCGAUGGGCUGGCGCUGUACAGACCGUCAUCGACAGCAAACCACUCAUUGAUACACACACACAGCAACUUGUACUGGACAUCAAGGAGAACUGUUUGAAUUCAGAGGUGGUAGAGCAAAUCUAUAAGAGGAACCCAAUACUCCGUUACACACACCACCCUUUGCAUACAGCACUGCUACCCUUACCUUAUGGAGACGCCCAGCACAGCUCCGAUAAAGGGAGAAGUUAUGGCACCUUGCAGGCCGAGGCCCUGAAGCUCUUCGGUGUUCUUCAUCAGCUGGAAAACGAGGCCAAUCCCAUUUCUCACAUCCAAAAUCUUCUCCAAACUGUACAUGACUUGCGACCCCUCAGAGAUGAACUCUUCUGUCAGCUCAUCAAACAGACGUCACAUCCUCCCAAACCUGCUGGAACCGCCCACAUCAGUGGCUGGCGAAUCAUAGCCUGCAUGUGCUGCACAUUUAGCCCCGCCUCCAGAAGUAUCCUUAAAUACCUGAAAUUUCAUCUGAAGAGGACACGAGAGCUUUACCCGGGCACAGAGAUGGACCGCUACGCGGUGUAUUCCCAAGAGGCUUUGAGACACGUGCGAGGACGAGAGUAUGUCCCUUCACAGGAGGAGCUGAGGGCCAUUCUCAGCAGACAGGAAAUGACAUCGACUGUGUACUGCCAUGGCGGAGGGUCCUGCAAAAUCACCAUUAACUCACACACGACUGCAGGCGAGGUCGUGGAGAAGCUGCUGAAAGGUCUCUCCAUGGAGGACUGUAAGAACAUGUUUGCUCUGUUUGAACAUAAUGACACCAUAGACAGAGCCAUAGAAAGCAAGACUGUGGUGGCCGACGUCCUCGCCAAGUUUGAGAAGUUGGCGAAUAAAGGAGAGGAAGGAGAGGGUUGGAAGUUUUAUUUUAAACUUUUCUGCUUCUCUGAACCCGAAAGUGUUCCUACAGAUAGUGUGGAGUUUGCCUUCAUGUUUGAGCAGGCUCAUGAAGCUGUCAUAAAAGGUCAAUAUCCUGCUCCAGAAGAGACCCUGCAGUUCCUGGCCGCCCUCCGUUUGCAGUAUCUAUUAGGAGAUUACACUACCCAGAAUGCCUUGCCUGAGUUGGAGCAGGUGUUCCCCAUGGCCCGUCUGCGCGCUCGAGUACAGCAGUCCGCCCGUAGCUUCGCAUCCGGAAACGGCAGCGCUAGCACGCCAUCCACGGAAAGAAAGAGGAGUAGUUUCCUGGAAGGCACGCUGAGGCGGAGCUUCCGAGGGUCACUGGGGCGACAGCGCCAAGUGGAAGGGCCUGCAGCCAUAGAGGCGUGGCUACAAGAUGAAAAGGCGGGAUUAACAAGUUGUUUGGUGGAGAAAUGGCGCAAACUGCAGGGUAUGGAACAGGAGCAAGCCAUGACGAAAUACAUGGGUCUUAUCAAGGAAUGGCAGGGGUAUGGCUCCACCCUCUUUAACGCGGAGUGUGCAGAUGGUGCGUAUCCAGGAGAGCUCUGGUUAGGCGUGAGCCGUAAGGGCGUGUGUGUGUACAAGCGCGGAGAGGCGUGGCCUCUGGAGCUGUUUUCGUAUGAGGCUAUUCUGUCCUUUGGUGCACCGCAGCCUAACAUCUACAAGAUCAGUGUGGAGGGACGCGAGCUGCUUUUUAACACCAACAUGGUAAUGGACAUUGCAAAGCUCAUGAAGGCUUACAUCAGUCUAAUAGUGAAGAAACGUUUCAGCACUUGUCAGUCCAUCAGCAGCCACGGUAGCAACUGGUGAUCCCUGACCUUUAACCUCACCAGUCACCACUAGUAUAUUUUUACACACAUGCAAAUUCCGUAUGUACAUGUGCCUUUAUACAUACAUAAGCUAACAGGACAGAUGUAAUUACAAAAUGCAUGACCCAUUUAUGCAAAAGAAUAACAUACUGUAUAAACCAAAGACAAUAUCAAAACCGUAUCAUUUCCCACACACACACAUCCCGUUGCGUACAGCCUGAGCCCCGUAUGUUGCCUUAAUAUUCCUGAUUUGUUUAGAGUCCAGACACAUUUCUUUGGAAUUCUGCGGGCAGAAAUUCCAGUAAUAAAUAACCAGUGCCUUAAAAAAAAUCUUUACAUACAUCCUAUAAGUGCCCUAUAAAAGUCUAUGUGACAGUGAUCAUGUGCAAUGUUUAUAUUAGUUGUUAUAUAUUUCUGUAUUUCUGGAGCUGUAUAUUUUAUAGACCUUUCUGUGUACUUUGAUAACGCUAUUGGAAUUAUGCUUUUUCUGGUCCUAUUAUUUUUGUACUUUGAGCGUAUAAAAAAAACGAAAACAGCAGGAAUAUCUUUCCCAUUUUGUAUCUUUACUGUGUAUUAGUUUUUAGGCAAUAAAUGUAACAAAAUUCAAAAGGCUUUUACAUUCAUUAAAAUGUACAUCCAGAACUGCUCCAAUACAAAAGCAUCUCUGUUUAACA